AGGAGCCCUCCUCGUGUUUGAGACGGCCCCAAAAACGUCCCGCUCCGGCAGGGGAAACGACCUUGACGCUUCGCCACCUUUAACUUUCUACCCACCAUUCUUUGAAGCCCAACUUAUUGACUUCUUCACUACCAUCUACUUCCUCCUCAAUCCCUCCAAGCUCCCUUCCGUACGUCGCGACCAGUCACUCUUCAAGACGUUGACAAUUUAACAUAUCGCAACGCAAACAUGGCACCAGCGCAAUCUGCCAAUUCCAAGCAGGAGCUUAGCACCAAGGAUGCCAUGUUCCUCCUCGAGCUGAUGCGUGACUCGCCACAAGCAAUCCUCUUCCACAUCGGCCCAUACUGCCAGAAGACAGGCACCAAGCCGAACACGAUCGUCAAGCGGCUCGGCGAGAUCAAGAAGCGCAACCGCCUCAACAUCGUGACCACCACAAGUCCCCCAGGCGGCGGCAACAGCAACUUCGCCGCACCUAGGGUGUCAUCCGCAGUGAAGCGUGAGAGGGGCGGUGACGACAGCGAGGCCAAACCAAAGGUCAAAGGCGAGUGGGCUCCUAAGACCGGCAAACAGCAUGCGCCCGAGGCCCUGUUCACAGAGCGCGUCAAGGUGGAAACCAGCAGUUCUCACGGCCUGGGCAGCGUCGCCGCCUACGGACUUCCUUCUCCUGCAGAGUCUGCUGCCGGAACGCCCUUCAUGCCUGUUGCUGCGGCUGGAGGAGUUGCGGCAUCGCCAAUGGCCGCCGCCGGCGCGAUCAUGGCGCAGAUUCCCCUGUACAUGCCCCAGAAACGGAGCUCGAGCGACCGUGAGGAGUACGAGCGCGAUAGUUCCGCCAACCGCAACGGGGUGACGAACAAGAAGAUCAAGACUGAGAUUUGAAAAGCCUUUUACCGUAAGGCCUAGCGAGGGGGAGUUCAAGUCGCUUCUCGUUGCUGGACGAGGGGCCUGUUUGUGUCGGCGGCGCAGAGAAAGCACUGGGAGAUGUAAAGAUAUCAAUCGAUCGAGCUGGAAAGGGCAGUACUGGGUCUCCGGUUGGCGACAUUGGGUGAUCGUUGGACAGACCUAGCUGGAGCUGGAGCUGGAGCUGGAAGGGGGCGGGAAAGGAUUAGCAAUUCAAAUUACUCGAGUCAUCCCAGAUACAGACAGGGACGAGGAAAAAAGGAAGACUUGUAUGAGCUCAGUCUACAAAACUCGAAAAGACGGAACUGGAGCUGUGUUGGAAACAGACAAAAAAUAAAUUAUUUUUGCUGGAUGACUACCGUAAAAAUCAAUCUUGUACCUUGGAGGGAGGGAUGCCCAAAAAAAAGAGACAGAAAUGUAUCC